CGUGGGCGUUACCCGUGGAGGGGGCGGGGCCCGAAUCUCCUCCCUGCGCUGAGGCUCAGUCAGUGUCGGCCGGGGAAGCAGCGGCAUGCCUGGCUACAUGCGUCCGGGGUGUGCAGUCACCUGCCCAGUGCUCCCCGCCCCGGGGCUGGGGGAGUGAGCCGCGUCUCAGCCUCCCCCGUUACCAGGAAGAGGACUGGGCACACCCCUCCCGCACACACCGCACUUCCCUCGCUCCUCCCCUCCGAUAAACUCUCUGACAAACUGCCCGGGAAGUGGCUGCGAGAGAGACGGGACAGAGCCUAGUGCCCGGGAGUACGCGGCCCCAGGUGCGGAGAGUGCGGGCGGUGUGCUCUGUGCUGUGUGUGGCGCUCACCCCGCUCUGUGCUAACUUUCUGCGCGUUCACCCGGAGACGGUCCGUGGGCUGCAGUGAUGCCGGUCGGGAGCCUGUUGCCGUUCAGUGUGGCCCCGCUGGGGUCGGGGAGCGGAGCGGGCAGCGGCUCGGGGGUCUCGGCCCCCGGCGGAGGGGUGUCCGGGCUGCACUGGCUGGGCCCCGCGGGGAGGAAGCUGUCCGGCUUCAGACUCACCGAGAAGUUCGUGCUGCUGCUGGUGUUCAGCGGCUUCAUCACCCUCUGCUUCGGGGCCAUCUUCUUCCUGCCCGACUCCCCGAAGCUGCUGAGUGGCGUCUUCUUCCAGCAGCCCCCGCCGCCCCCUCCGCAGAGGUCCCCGGCUGGUCCCGGAGCGCUGGAUGAGGAUGACGGGGGGCGCCUGGCCAGGAUCCGGGAGGAACACGAGAAGGCGCUGCGGGAAGCCAAGGACACGCUGAACCGGCUGCCCGAGGACAUCAAGGGGGACAUCCAGCGGGACAAGGAGAAGCUGGCGGCUCAGGGCAAGGGCACUGCCGGGGGCAGACUCUCUCCACGGCCGUUUAAAGAGCCCAUAGGAGCAGUGGGGAAGGAGCCGACUGACCCCGCCGUCCGGCAAAAGAGGGACAAGAUUAAAGAGAUGAUGAAAUUUGCCUGGGAUAAUUAUAAACGAUAUGCAUGGGGCUUAAACGAACUGAAACCUGUACAAAAACAAGGGCAUUCAAGUAAUUUAUUUGGUAACAUCCAAGGAGCAACAAUUGUAGAUUCUCUUGACACAUUGUUUAUUAUGGAUAUGAAGGAUGAAUUCAAGGAUGCUAAGGAGUGGGUGGAGAAGAACCUAGAAUUCAGUGUGAACGCUGAGGUGUCAGUCUUUGAAGUGAAUAUCCGUUUUGUUGGCGGCCUCCUAUCUGCAUAUUAUCUCUCUGGGGAAGAGGUAUUUCGAAGAAAAGCCGUUGAAUUGGGAGAGAAACUUUUGCCUGCUUUCAAUACACCAACUGGAAUACCUUGGGCCCUGUUAAACAUAAAGAGCGGCAUUGGUCGAAAUUGGCCCUGGGCUUCAGGUGGCAGCAGUAUCCUGGCUGAGUUUGGGACCUUACAUUUGGAGUUUAUACAUUUAACUCAAGUAUCUGGAAACCCAGUAUUUGCCGAAAAGGUUUUGAAUAUUCGAAAAGUAUUAAAUCGAUUGGAUAAACCCCAAGGGCUUUAUCCCAACUACCUGAAUCCAAACAGCGGCCAAUGGGGACAACAUCAUGUGUCUGUGGGAGGCCUUGGAGAUAGCUUCUAUGAAUACUUGCUAAAAGCAUGGUUAAUGUCAGACAAGACUGAUGAGGAAGCCAAGAAGUUAUAUUAUGAUGCUGUUCAGGCCAUCGAGACACAUUUGAUCCGUAAGUCCAGUAGUGGCCUUACGUACAUAGCUGAAUGGAAAGGCGGCCUCUUAGAGCAUAAAAUGGGACAUUUAACAUGUUUUGCUGGCGGCAUGUUUGCUCUUGGGGCUGAUGGAGCACCAAGUGAUAAAACUGGGCACCAUAUAGAACUGGCUGCGGAGAUUGCCCGGACCUGCCAUGAAUCCUAUGAUCGCACAGCAACAAAGCUGGGACCAGAAGCUUUCAGGUUUGAUGGAGGUGUAGAAGCAAUCGCUACUAGACAAAAUGAAAAAUACUACAUCUUGCGACCAGAGGUGAUCGAAACCUAUUUGUACAUGUGGAGAUUUACACAUGACCCAAAAUACCGGAAGUGGGGUUGGGAAGCAGUUGAGGCAUUGGAAAAGUACUGCAGAGUGGAAGGAGGCUAUUCUGGUGUCAGGGAUGUUUACGCUUCUCACCCCAAUCACGAUGAUGUGCAGCAAAGUUUUUACCUUGCGGAGACUCUCAAGUAUCUCUACUUAUUAUUUUCGGAUGAUGAUCUUCUUCCAUUAGAACAUUGGAUUUUCAACACUGAGGCACAUCCUUUGCCCAUUAUCCAAAAGGCUGACAGAACGAUAGAAGGCGUACUGUAGCAAAAUAAAGGCAUCAAAAAUUGAUUUUCAUACAGUUAGUUCUCUGCAUUCCUUCAACAUUCCAUUUUCCAGGAUCCAGGACAAAACACCUUUACGUUAUGUGAAUUUUUUCCUGAAAUUGUAUAACAAUAUUUUGCAGUCUGUCAUGUUUACUCCAAGAUCUCUGACUGGUUCCAUUCAAUAGUGAUCUACUAAUGACUGUGAAGUUAAAGCACCUUUCCCCCACAUGGACAUUCUGUUUAGAGUUAUAAAACCAUCUCUUGCCAAUAUAGAAUAGAACAGUCUGCAAUUUUCGUUACUACUACUUAUUCCCUUCAUUUGACUGCAAAGAUCUUUCCUCCUCUGUGAGGAGAUUGUCUGCUUUAUGCUGUAAUAUUUUGCCAUGUUGCAAAAAGCCAUAAUGAAUAGUAUAAAAGAACUGUUUUAUUUUCCUUUCCAGUUAUAUGUGACUCUGAUUUGUCUGAAACUCAUCUAAGACAAAUUGUGUAACUGUGAUAUCUUCCUCUUCUGCGAGUUUUAUUUGGUAACAUGUUCAGAAGUAUCUAAUUUCUGAGGAAAGUGACAUAGAAAUAACUCAAUCCCAAGCAGACGCAACUCUUUUUUAGCAAUGAUCCAAAUAUUUCUUUAAAGUUUUUGUUAAAUGAAUUGUUAUCUAAGCUAUUCAAUUAACAUAUUUGUAAAGAAUUUUGAUUACAAAACUAAAUUUAUCUGUAUAUAAAUAUAUCUGAUCUAUAGACAAUCCAGGUUGUGCAAAAUUAAAUUUAAAGUGUUCAGGUUAUUUUCUAAGGACAAUAUAUUGCUUGUCCUUUGUAGUGGAAAUAUUUCAUGAUUUACAUCUAUUUUCUGUACGUUAGAGCUGAUCUCCUUUGACCAAUGGAAUUUUGAAAGUUUGUAAGUUUUUGAAUUUCUUUUUGUUUAUUUCAACAAUAACCUUCUGCAGUAAUUAUUUUAGGAUUUUGUUAGACCAUUAUUGGAAUUAUGACCCUAUCCAUAUUAGCCUUCAAAGGCCAGGAGCUGGUGUUCACAGGUUAUUGAUGCCCUCUCCUUAGAGACCCCAAUCCAAAAUGUUUGCUUCACCUCUACUGCAGCCACAUAAUGUUUAUACUACAGUAUCUUUAUACUGGGAUGCCAAGAGGGGGUAGGUAAUAAAAAGCGUACUGAUUGCCUGGGCUGCUUGGAUGGUGCCGUGUCAGCUGCUGAGGGUAACAAAUGUCCUCCUUAGCAGCGCACAGAUCCGCACAUAGUAUUUUUUUUCUGGAGCGGGCAUGUCCACACUUUUCAGUUUUAGACACUAAGUACCCGGGCCCCAUUCAGCUCUUUGUAGCCUUGUCGUUAUAAGGAAACUAUCACACCUAUGAACUACAGUUGUGGUCAUUGAGUCAGCUCAAGGUAAAUUGAUCCAACUGGAAGCUUGUAAACAGGUGUCUUUAUUUACGUGCAGGACAUACUGUAUCCAACAUUUUUAGGUAGAAGAGGCAAGACAAGCUGUUGGCAAUUAAUAUGGUCAGACAACAAAGACACUAAUGGAUUUAUAAUAGUGUUUGAAAUAUCUGCAUGUGACAAUGUAGGUGUUGGAGUUUUUAACUUUUUUUAUCGCUAAUAUUAAAAAGUAAUACACCGCUAGUUAAAAGCAUAGAUAAUAGUACUUUGUUCUUCCUAUGAUAGCACAUCAUGUGGUUAAUGAGUGAUCCCAAAGUGCUCCAUUGUAAAUCCUGAGCAUUUAAGAUAACCUUGCUGCGAACCGGAGGCUUUUGAGAGAGAUUGUAUUGUACUUUUACACUAGUUUUCGAACCAUCAUCAGGUAAAGAUUAAUAGGCUUUAAUGCCCAUGUAUACAAGGCCUUAUGAUACUUUAGAGCACCCAUAAAAGGGUUGUCAUAAUUAAAAACUGUAAGAUUAUUAGACCCGUAUUUCAGCUUUUCAGUGUCUGAUACCGUUUUCUAUGUUACUAUUAAUCCUGUUAUAGCUGCAUCAGGAGAUUUAAUUUAAGGAUAAUACACAGUUUCUGAUUUCCAGUGUCAAACACCGGUGAUCGUACUUUUCCGACAAGCUAUAUAAAACAGUAAUUUCAGAGAGAAUAUGCUCUUUUCAAAUACAAUGAGUCAAAUUAUUUUUUUUUCUUAUUUUUUUUUUAUUUACUCUUAAGGUUGCUGUUUUUUGGUUCCAAAUUUAAUUGAUAUUUUUUUUCUCUUUGUAAGGUAUAAUCUGUAUACUGUAAAUUGCAGUGAACAGAAGUGCAAAUGAGCUAAACACCUUUUGAAUUCCAUAUUGACUAUUGUCAAACAUAUUACAUUGCAUAUUGCCACUUUUUACAUCUUUUAUUAGGGUGUUUCUGGGAAAUCGCUGACAUGAAUUGUAAUGUAUUGCCUUUUCAAAUGAUAAUUCUAAAAAUAACACAUCAUUGAAAUUGGAUAUAACUUUAUUUAUAUUUAAUAUCACAUAAAACAAUUAAGUACAGUAUGUUGUGUUCUAAAUGUAUUUUACACUCUGGCAUGUGACCCAUUCAAAUGGGUUGGGCAUGCGUGACUGGCGUGGGCUCGCCAUGCUGCAGGCUCAUUGGUGAGCUGCGCUUGCCACAGGUUCUAUUCCCACUCUAUGGGUGUCAUGGACAACCACGAGUGGGAAUAGUCCCUGCUAGUUGGCAUACCGACUGUCUGGAUUCUGAGGGGGUGGGCUGUAGGUGGAGUUAUUGUGACCGGCGGUCACCAGACUACAUCCCAUUCAAACACCUUCCAAACGUGCAUAACAAGUGACUGCAUAAAUAGUUAUGUAUUCAGUACUACAGAAACAGAAGUAACAGAAAUGCUGGUAAUGAGGGUCUAAAGUCUCAAGGUGUUUCGUGUUGAGAUUACAAAGGGACCCCUCUUUUAUAUAUAUAUAUAUAUAUAUAUAUAUAUAUAUAUAUAUUGCAAUAGCAAACACCCCUCACCAGUCCUAUUGGUGUCUGUAGUAACAGCUACAUUUCAUCAUUGUGACAGUGAAUGCAUUUAGUAAGCAAGAUAUUGCCGAUAACUUACAGGACAUAGCAGUUCAGCAAAACAAAAUAUAUAGCAACUGAGAAACACCAGUAACAUUGCUUACUGAGCAAAUACACAUCUAGGUUUACAGUGGUGAUUGAGACAUUUCAUAUUUACUUGUUGGGACGUUGUUGAAGGUGUUUAUACUAUCAGAUUUGUGACCUUUAUAUUCACUUUGCUGCAUAGUAUCUGCUUUAUUGUACUCAUGGCGUGCUUAUGGGACGGAGCAGGUAGGUCAUUGUCUCACAUAUAUACCUUUACAGGUGGUGUGCCUUCCUAAUAAUCUCCCAUGUAUAUUAAACUACAGCUUGAAGUAACACAGGGAUGUUUGCUAUAGGGAAUAGACACCCCUCCCCCUGUUCACUAGGUGAUUAUUCUUAUAAUUGCAAAGGUGCAGCUCAAUGCUGUAACAGUAUUUUUAUCCAGCCCUAAACAGUAUACAAUUUGCUGAACUACUGGUGGGUUUACCAGAUAAAUGGCUAAUACGUCAUUUAUCUCAGUGUAUUUUAACAUGAAAAUAUAUUAAAAAUUUUAAAGUGCGGACUAGAGAAUCUAGUAUGUCCUAAAUAGGAGCCCAGCAAUAAGAAUAGGGUAAUGUACUUCAUCAAGCUAAAUCCUAGACAUUGCACAUACUGUAGUCAUUCAAAUGAAGAAAAUCAUGUAAUAUAUAAAUUAGAAGUAACUAGCACCAAUUAUUGUAUAAGAGAUUGAGAGCACCAGCAGAUUGUGUCUCACAUACAACCUUCCCUAUGUAUGCUAAGUAAUAUCACCACCUCUGCAAUUAUUUGGAUCAGACCUAUAUUAAUAGUACUGUAAGUUCUUGGCUCUUUUAAGAUGGUGCUUUGUAAAGAAGCACAGGGCGGGAUAUAGUGCCUCCCAGGUACAGAGGCCAUGUGGGAUGCCAGCUGAACUCGGACAUUAUUUUUAAAGGGGCAAUCACUUAAAAGGUAAAACCAUGCCUUGUAAGUAAUUUCUCCUUUAAAAAAAAAAAAAAAGUCUGCGUUCGGUUAGCAUCCCGCACAGCCACUGAAGUUGGGCGGCAUUACAUCUGGCCCAUGGACUUAUAGCUAUCUACAGUAUAUUGUAGCUGUUCUAUUACUAUAGGGUAGUAUUUAAAUUAUCAUGAAACCUCUUACUGCUUACACUUAUUAUUUUCUUUAGGAUUUGGUACUGUCCGUCUGUCUUUAUUUUUUUUCUAACUCCAUCCCAUUUCCCAUACGAAUACUUCAUCGAGGACCAAGCAGUUGCUCUUUUCUAUAGUGUUCUGGUACUUAUGAUUAUUCUGUGGGUUAUCACCUGCCAAAGUCCCUGGCCACAACUGAGUAGCCAUCCUUGGCUAUUUGGAAAUAACAGGACCCUGCUUGAGCAUACUGCAGGAGGGGGGGGGGCUCUCUCACUGAAGUAUUAGAAGUGGCGAGUACAAAAACCACUGAAGUGGAGAACCAUUUAAAAACUGAAGAUUCAUCAAUGUUUCAGUUUGUCUAUAAGUAAAUGUGAUGUAUUCAUAUAAACUUUUACAUAUUCUGCGACUGGGAAUGCAAAGACAUUUCAAGCAUUAGUAGUCCAGUUUUCAUAAGAAAAUUCGAAAAUAAGUCUCUUGCUUUUAUCUCAUAUUGAUUUUGUCAGUCUUUCCUCUCUACCUCAGUUUAUAGAUAUUGGUAAUAACAAAUGUAAGUGUUUAAACAGGGGUCAAAUAGUCUGCCUGGAUGUUUUCACAUCUUUGGAAAAAUUGGACUUCACACUAUAGUAUUGCUGCAAACUCAUUGUACCCUUGUUGGGCAGUUUAAAUUGAAAACCAGUUUUAUUUUUUACAUUAAGCGCCUUUUCAGCAAUAUCAACUUAUUUAUUUUAAAAACGUGUUUUGUAAGCAGAAGUAGAACCAGCAGUUUCCAUAAACUCAAAGAGCAGAUAACGCGCCAAAGCUUGCUCCUAUUUUCCAAUAAUAAGCUGUUGGCAUAAGAGGAUUUUUAUUAAGAGAAGAGUUUUGUAUAUGAAAACACAUGUAUGGGAUGUAAUUACAUGAUAUUGCAUACAGUAUGAUUGGUUUUGUCAAUAAUAACUUGAUUUGUAAUAUCUAGCACUAUUACUUUCCAGUGCUGUCAAAUAGCUUGUACUGUAUAUUCCAAUUGGUUUUCUUCACUGUAUACAUUUUCUGGUUUGGCGUGUCAGGAUUUCCAUGCUAUAUAGGGCUUAUUUGCAAACAGUUUACCCUUAAAUAUCAUAUAAAAUUUUCCACUUGCAAUUUUUUGGGGUGUCGUGGACUUUCUAAAGCUAUAUUUCUAGAGUAUUAAAAGAUUACAUUUAAUGUAUUGGUGAUAUGGCAUUACACACAUCACCAAAAAAUUACGAGACCCCAACAUUGCACUUUUUUUUUGCACCACUGAGAGAAAAUGUGUGAUGUUGGUGGCUGCAUGGUGCCAGCGUUCCACCUCACAGCCAUCACUUCUAAUUGAAUAAACACCAAAAUGGCUUGUUUCCAAAUGUUAAGAGCGUUCAGGGUCCAUGCAGGUUUUCUUUCAGUUGCACACAUUGUAUAGUUUGCAAUACUGCUUUCCAGAGUGGUCACAGCUACUUUUUUACAAAGCCAAAUGACAAGCACAAACAACAUUUUAAUUAAAAAUUUUGAUUUAUUAAAAUGUAAAAUGAACUCUUAAAUCAUAAUUCCAAAUUACAUUACUGUACAUGUGUUUGUUUUUUUGUGGUUUUUUUUUUACAAGACCAUCACAAUAUCAUAUGGCCUGUAUGAAAGGGAGCAUAUUUUUACUGUAAAUAGGUGUGACCUGGAUCGGCUGCUAAUUUGAACGUAUGUUUUAAUCAAGUUACUUAACUCUAGGGCCACAGCGGUAGCAUUCAGGUCAGAACUGAUUGUUAAUUUGCAAAAAAAAAUAAAAACGCUCCCCUGUGUCCACUAUAUUAUUUUACAUUUUUUAUUAUUAUUAUAAACAUUCCCACUGGAAAGUCAAAGAAUACAUGUUUAAUCAGGUUUGUGGAACAAUUAUCACAGGUGGUAUUGUAAUAGUUAAUUUCAUUGAAAAAAAAAUUAUUAUUUUUUUGUAACUUUCUUUGCAUUGAAUUUUAUUUUGUACAUUCCACCUUUAUACAAAACUUAAAUUUUAGAGUUAUGUAAUAGAUUAAAAUGCACAAUUUAUAAAAAUUAUAUUUGUAAAAUUAUACUGUGAAUAAAGUCUUUUAUUCUA